CACGGGGGUGCCCACAGCGCACUCCCACAUGAUGAGCCGCCGCUUCUCAGAGGCUCCCUGUGCACACUUCCACAUGCUCACAAGCAUGUGCUCAGAUGCACUCAGACCCAAUGGGGUUUGGGGCACUGGUGGGCUGAUUCCAACAUUCUUCUCCCCCUCCCCAGGAUUUUCAUCAAUUGCAGCUUGGCGCUGGGGAAGAUUCGCUGCUUUGGCUUUGGCUUUGACAGGGACUACACCCUGGCUGCCUACACGUCCCGAGCCUAAGAGGCACUGGCCUUCAAGUUACUGCUGGAACAUCUGGUGUGCAUUGGGCACCCACGUGAGACCCUGUGCUACGCCAAUGACCCCGCCUCCCCCACCGGGUGCCAGACUUGGCUGCGGUGGGAGGCUAUGGCCGGUAGUCAGCCCUGGACCCCCAUCCACAGCCUCUGCACUCUCUGCCUAGGGGGGCUGGUAUUUGACAUGCUCUAUGGGAACCUGCUGAAGGUGGACACCCAUGGCUUCAACUUCCUCUUGGAGGCAGAGAUCAGGAGCUUCUACCCCAGCAAGUUCAAGUUCAUUCAGAGGGACGACCUGCAGAAGUUCCACAUCCUCAGCAUGCUCUUCGACCGGCCUGAUGAGGGCUGCCUAGGGGAAACCUACCUGUAUGCCUGCCUGGUGGACUCCUUCCCUGGCUGCUCCCGCUACACCAAUCUCUUCCAGGAUGUGAGGGAUACCAUGGAUAGUGCCCAGGACCCCAGGACCCUUGACUUGUCUGCCCUUGGCUCUGCUGGGUGUGCCCUGAGGGCUCCAGCAUCCACAGAGUUUCCGCUCUCUUUCCUGCCAAGGACUACGGUCUGGGCUCCCACACCUUGGACACGUGCAUGCAGUGAGGCUGUAUCCCUGCCUCCACCCUCAAGAUGUGGGCAGCACUGUGGCCUCGCCUUGAUCACAGACUUUCCUGCCUGGCCUGGAGCCCCAUGCCUGGGAGGCUGAGAGCCAAGAAAGGGAUCCCAGGGCAGCUGGGGGAGACCCCACCCCUGGAAGUGACCUUGGCUUCUGCUCCAGGCUGAGGGCUCAGUCAGGCCCUGGAGGUCUUGCUUUGACCUGAUCAUGGUGGACACAAAGAAGCCCUGCUUCUUGGCUGAGGGGACGGUGCUGAGACAGGGCUCGGGCAAGCUCCACGUGGACACCUCCGCAGGGCCCUACUGGCACUGUGCCAUCUACUCUGGAGGCCAGGCUCUUCGGACACGAUGUGCGAGCUGCUCGGGGCCACGCGGGAAGGAGAUCCUGGACAUGGGGGAUCACAUCUUUGGAGACAUCCUCAAGUCCAGGAAGCGGCAGG